UAUAAAACCAGCCCCUCAGCUCCAGGCCAGGCACCUUCUCUCCCAGCUGGUGUUUCAGGAGGACGUCCAUCCACCAUGAACUUCUCAGGAAAGUACCAGCUCCAGUCCCAGGAGAAUUUUGAAGCCUUCAUGAAGGCUGCAGGUGUACCCGAUGACAUUAUACAGAAAGGAAAGGAUGUCAAGAGUGUGUCUGAGAUUGUACAGAACGGGAAACACUUCAAGCUCACCAUCUCCUCCGGCACCAGAGUCCUGGUCAACGAGUUCAAUUUGGGGGAGGAAUGUGAGCUGGAGACUCUGACUGGAGAAAAGGUCAAGACUGUAGUGCAGAUGGAAGGAAACAACAAACUGGUGACAACUCUCAAAGGAAUCAAAUCAGUCACUGAACUCAAUGGAGACACAAUCACCAAUACCAUGACCUUGGGUGAUAUUGUCUUCAAGAGAAUCAGCAAGAGACUUUAGACGUAUUUGCUUUUCAUAUAUUUUUACUGUGUAAAAUUGGUACAAUAAAAUAUGGCUUUUAAAAAAAA